GUGAGGUAAUUUCCGCGAUGGGGCGUCAGCGCUUGGAGUCACCCUGGGGGCAGAAUCGAAAGUGAUCGCUUGGCGGGGCGGGGACGGUGGACGGUGUACCGGGCUGCGGGGAAGACAGGAUCGCGGAGGACUCCUCCUCAUGAGCGAACAGCCCCAGACCGCCGGCUGAACCCGUGAGCCUCGGACGCUACGCCACAGAGCCAGGCCAGAGAUGGCGUCCCCAGGGUCUGGCCCACCACCCAGCAGCUCGGCGGCCGCCAAGGAGCUGUCCCUGGCCAGGCUGUGCGCCCAGCUGGACCUGUGUCUGGGCUGCUCCCAGUGCACUCAGCGGCUCAACGAGAGCACCUACCUCCUGCGCAGGGUAGAGCACAGCCGUCGCCACGAGAUCCUGCUGGCCCGCUUCAAGCGAGCCACCGAGAAGCACGUCUGGCGCAAGGUGGACCGCCGGCCCAGCUUCCCGCGGCCCGCCCGCUACGAAGUGUGCCGCUACUAUAGCCCGGGGCUGGGCUGCCGGCGCCACCACCACCAGUGCGCGUUUGCCCGGAGCCCGGGGGAGGCGCGGGUCUGGACCUUCGAGCGCGAGCACGACGUCCGGCGCCUGUGGCUCAAGCGCGAGCUGCAGGGCAGCGGGGCCCAGGGCGACCCGCGCAGCCCGGCCGACGCCAUCCGUGCCGAGUACGGCGGCCGCUUCCAGCUGCUCUGUGCCCGCUGCUUCCAAGGCUGCCCGCCACGCCUCUGCCCCGUGGACCCCCAGGGGCGGUGCCCCCAGCACGGAGCCUGCCCUUCUCCGGCACAGAGAACGAGGACCGGGCCGGUUACCACCUGCGCCCUGAGCGUCCUGUGCUGCACCGUUAGCUUGCUCGGCGUCCGUGGGGGCCGCCCGGGCCAGCUCGGUGACCCCCUUGCAGGGGCGAACCCCGAGGUUCGGACGGGCCGAGCACCCCUCUGGGAGCACGGCAGGGUGGACUCUGGUCUCUGA